AUGGGUGACUACUCGAAAGCACUUGAAUUUUACGAAAAAGCACAUCAAAUUUACGAAAAAGCUCUGCCUCCAAAUCAUCCUUCAUUGGCGACUUCCUACAACAACAUCGGUGGAGUAUAUCACGACAUGGGUGACUAUUCGAAAGCACUAGAAUUUUACGAAAAAGCACAUAAAACCUACGAAAAAGCUCUACCUCCGAAUCAUCCCUCACUGGCUACUUCCUACAACAACAUCGGUCUAGUGUAUAACAACAUGGGUGACUACUCGAAAGCACUUGAAUUUUACGAAAAAGCAUAUAAGAUUAAGGAAAAAUCUCUGCCUCCAAAUCAUCCGGAAUUGGCUACUUCCUAUAACAACAUUGGUUUGGUGUACAACAACAUGGGUGACUACUCGAAAGCUCUUGAAUUUUACGAAAAAGCACAUAAGAUUAAAGAAAAAUCUCUGCCUCCAAAUCAUCCGGAAUUGGCUACUUCCUAUAACAACAUUGGUUUGGUGUACAACAACAUGGGUGACUACUCGAAAGCACUUGAAUUUUACGAAAAAGCACAUAAGAUUAAAGAAAAAGCUCUACCUCCAAAUCAUCCGGAAUUAGCUACCUCGUACGGCAACAUUGGUGAAGUGUAUAACAACAUAGGCGACUACUCGAAAGGGCUUGAGUUUUACCAAAAAGAUCUGAAAAUUACGGAAAAAGCUUUGCCUCCGAAUCAUCCUUCAUUGGCUACUUCCUAUAACAACAUUGGUUUGGUGUA